GUCAACACUAACGGACUGCUAUCGUUCCGAGAGGGACUCCCGCAAUGGACGCCCGAUCCAUUUCCGUCUAGCGCUCCCGUCGUCGCUCCGUACUGGGCCGACGUCGAUCUGUCGCGAAACCACGGUCACGUGACCUUCUUCGAGACGCAAGAUGCUCAGCAUCUCAACAGGAUUAACGAUGACAUUCGCUCGACCUUCAUCAACAGUCAGGACUUCUCCGCUCGCGCAGCGUUCGUCGCCACGUGGAAGGAUGUCACCUACUUCGGCGGCAGCAAGAGAACCGACACGAACACAUUCCAAGUGCUCCUCGUCACGGAUAGAGUGCAGACGUUUGCCAUCUUCCUCUAUAACGAGCUAACGUGGACGACGGGCACCGCCAGCAAGGGAGACCCCAUCUCCGGACUCGGGGGCUACGCCGCUCAGACUGGUUUUAACGCGGGCGACGGGCAGCGCUACCUGGCGGUCGUCGGCUCCGGCACGAUCGCCGCGCUCAACCUCAAGGACACGAGCAACGUCGGCGUGCCCGGGAAGUGGAUCUUCCGCGUCGGCAGCAGCGAGAUCGAACCCGCGGGAUGCUCGGAGACAGGUGAGGCGUCUGCGUCGUUGCUAUGGUUACGGCGGGAGGAUCGUGGAGUGGGGAUAGUUGCAGAGUGUCAGAGUUGUCGUGGUAGUUGA